AUGAGUGGUACUGUGCUCACUCCAAACACUAGUUACCAUCCCCAAAUAGAUGGACAAAUGGAAGUAGUGAACAAGUGGUUGGAAGGCUACUUGAGAAACUAUGUGUCAGAACAGCAGAGAGCUUGGGUCAAGUGGCUGCAUAUAGGCGAGUACUACUACAAUUUUUCUUUUCAUAUGUCGAUUAAGAUGUCUCCUUUCUUGGCUCUUUAUGGGUAUGAAGCACCUAGCUUUGUCGAUUUGGUGUUUGGUGAGAGCAAAGCACCCCAAGCCAAGGACUUGUUGCAGCAAAGUCAAGACAUCAUGAAAUCCUUGAAGGAUAAUCUGCAGAUUGCACAGAAUCAGGUCAUCAGAAAAGUUGGGGUAGUAGCUUAUGAGUUAGAGCUACCUUCUGAUAGCCGAGUGCAUAAUGUUUUCCACGUGUCUCGUCUCAAGAAGGCACUUGGACAUAAUGUGGUUGCUUCAUCACAGUUGCCGCCUUUGGAUGAGGAGGGACAGUUAGUUCUAAUUCCAGAGGAGAUACUUGAUUUCAAAGAAUGUUCUUUGAGGAAAAGAACUAUCAGAGAAUACCUGGUGAAGUGGAAGAACCUGCCUAUGGAGGAUGCGACUUGGGAAAGUGAUGAGAUUCUACAGCAUCCUGGGCAUGAUUGA